GACUCAUCGGACCAGGUGAACUUCUUCCACUCCUCCAAGGUCCAGGUCUGACGCUUGUGUGCCCAUUGUAGGCACUUUUGGUGGUGGACGGGUCAUCAUGGGCACUCUGACCUGUCUGCAGGUACGCAGCCCCAUACACAGCAGGGUGUGAUGCACUGCGUGUUGUGACACCUUCCUCCUGUAACCAUCAUUAACAUUUUCUGUGACUUGUGCCACAGACCUUCUGUCGGUUCUGAUCAGACGGGAUAGCCUUUGUUGCCCUCGCGCAUCGAUGAGCCUUGGGCACCCAACACCCUGUCGCCGGUUUGUGGUUUGUCCCUCCUCAGACCACUGUCUGUAGGUACUCACCACUGCUGACCGGGAGCACCCCACAAGCCUUGCCUUUUCAGAGAUGCUCUGACCCAGUCAUCUGGUCAUAACAGUUUGGCCCUUGUCACUCAGGUCUUUGCUCCUGCAUUCAACACGUUGACUACGAGAACUGAUUGUUCGCUUAACAUCUAAUCUACCCAGAUCUUGACAUGUGGCCUUGUUAGGAGAUGAUCAAUGUUAUUUGCUUCACCUUUGAGUGGUCAUAAUGUUUUGGCUCAUCAGUAAAUAUUUAGAACGUCAUACAGAUAGGAAAAGGUCUUAAUUAGAAUACAACACAUUUUUUCACUCUCAUACCAAAUAUAUAUAUCAGAUAAAAGCUAAGAGAAAAAGAGCACAGAGUUUAUAAAUUAUGAACAGAUGUGUCUUUUGUUGUGUUUUUGUUUGUAACAAAACAGAGUAUAAAACAGAAGAUGCUCCCGAUUAAAUCAAGCCAUAAUACAAGGAGAUAUGAUUAAUCUACUUUAAAAAUAAUCUUAAAGAAAUUUAAGAUUACUUCAGAUACCUUUUUACCAUACAGGGGGUGGUCUCUGGUUAAAAAGCGGACCAAUCACAGCUAUUGUGGUUUGCAUUGAUGCGAUGCCUGUUUGAACUUUUGCAAAGGUGCAUGUCAGGCAUGGGUUCGUUGUAGAAGUAUAAAUUGACCUUUAGCCUACAUCACCACUUCACACCCACAGAGCAAUCACAAUUCACACCUUCAGUGAAGCCUCUCUAACUGCAAUUUAUUUCUAAAUGCUGAAAAUAUUCCCAUCAUCCUACAGGUGAAGAAAGAGGAAUAAGGUGGCAUAAUAAGAGGAACAACUCCCACCGAGACCACUGAAGUCUACCGACAUACUAUUGCAAGAGUGAAGACAUGAGUGAUCCAAAACCACGCAUAAUGAAAAAUGAAGAUACUGAGGAACAAAUAGAUCUGAUGGAAGUGAAAGUGGAAAGUCAAGAACUGAAUGAUGUGGAUCAGGAACACCAUCAGUAUCAUAAAUCUGAUCAUUUCACUGAUGAAGAAUCUGUUAUUUGCUCACAGACUGAAAAACAUUUGACGCAAAUAUGGACUCCAAGAACAAGAGCCAAAAAUUCUUUCACAUGCCCUCAGUGUGGAAAAUGUUUUGCAGAGAAAAGAAAUCUUCUUUAUCACAUUAGAACUCACACUGGAGAGAAGCCUUUCACAUGCCCUCAGUGUGAAAAGAGUUUUUCACAAAAAGGAAGCCUUAAGAGUCACAUAAGAAUUCACACUGGAGAGAGGCCUUUCACCUGCCCUCAGUGUGAAAAGAGUUUUUCACAAAAAGGAAACCUUAAGAAUCACAUAAGAAUUCACACUGGAGAAAAGUCUUUCACAUGCCUUCGGUGUGGAAGGAGUUUCACAGGAAAGGAAACCCUUGAGGAUCACAUGAGAAUUCACACUGAAGAAAAGUCUUUCAUAUGUCAUCGAAGUGGAAAGAAUUUCAGAUGUGCAUCAACUUUCAAAACUCAUGUUUUCUGUCACUCUGGAUUAAAGCCAUUUAACUGUGAUCAGUGCAGCAAAGAAUUUACGUUGGCAUCAGAGCUAAAGAAACACCUGAACAUUCAUGCAAAUGAAAAGCCCUACCUGUGUUCUAUUUGUGGAAAAAGGUUCUCACAGCAAAGCAGUUUUAAUGCACACUGCCUCAUCCACACCAGUGUGAAAGGUCAUGUAUGCUCAGAGUGUGGAGAAGCUUUUAACAGAGUUUACGAUUUGAAACGGCACCAAAGAAUCCAUACUGGAGAAAAACCUUACAAGUGUCCACAUUGUGAAAAGAGUUUCAUUACAUUUGAACACCUGAAAAUCCAUGUGAGAGUGCAUACUGGAGAAAAGCCGUACCACUGCACUUCAUGUGGGAAGAAUUUCACCCAAUCAAGUAGUCUAAAUAGGCAUUUAAAAAAGCAUUGUACAAAGUUGUCAAACUGAGCAAAGUUCAUUUUCAGGGUCAAUGCUGUGAAAUUAAAUAACACAAAUUAUAUUUCAUGAUCAGAAACUAAAUCUUCUUAGAUGUUACUGCUCCAUACAGAGUUCUGGUAUACAAGAAGAGAAGCAGAUUCUCUGAAUGAGUGAGAGGACCGGAUCAUGAAAGUAAAGGAGCAGAGAUGUAGAAAAUAUUUUGUUUUAACCUCUUCGUACGUGAGUUCUAAUGUACUGACUAAUACCCCAGCAUUACACUUUACAGCAGACUCACUGGAGGGCAGAUUUUAUAUUAUUAAACAUAAUUUGAUUUUAUACGUUUAUAAAAAUUUUGAGAUUGCAAUUGAGGUUAACGCUAUGUGCGCAGCCGUGUUGUUUACGUGCUCAUGGAAUUCUGAGAUCAUCAUAGCAAAGAUGGUUCUUCAAGGCCUUUCACUUGUUGCCCCGGAACUGGUGUAAAUGAGUGGUGGAAGAACUGGAAGAAAGCUCAAAUGGACUACCUAAAACAUUAUUUGUUUGAUAUAAAAAAAAUUUUUUUUUUAAAAAGGCAGCGACUAUUUUCACUAGCUAAGUGCAAAUAGUGUUAUAUGCUAUUACACUCCUAA